CAACAAAAGGUACUCAAAAAAGACCAAGAUACCCUUUAUCAAGCAGCAAUUCAUACUGCACUUAAAUUUUUAAAAGCCCAAAAAGCUAGUUCAGAUCCAACUUUAAGUAUUUAUAAAGUUGCAG